AUGGCUUCCAUUUCACUUCCUCCGCAGUCCCAGGCGGGCUUCCCGCCACAUUUUGAUACCUCGAAUCAGUCUGCCAGCCCCGAUCGUCGCGAACACAUGCACACACCAUUGCCUAAUCCCCCAUUUGUCUUUCCAGCCCGGAACCCGGAUUCCCCCAAAACCCAAUCGGAGACCCCUGAGCGCCGGGAACGUGCCGCAUUGCCCGCAUUUUCUUUUAAUCCCGGAUCAGAACAGGAGCCAUCCCACCUCUCAGCGCCAUCCUUGUCGAAUCCUCGCGCGGGCGGACACCGUCGGCGACCCAGCGAGUUUGUUGGAACCGACCACUUGGUAACACCGGAAAUAGUUGGACCAGGUCACAAACGGGCAUCUUCUAUGGCAGAUCAACAUCUUCCAGCUCCAGGGCCUGGUUUGGGUAGGGGUCCUGGACGACGGGGCCAUGCCCAUCGCCGUUCGGCUGCGAUCUCUAAUGUCGACUUGAACACUAUCACCAAGGCACUUGGUCCCAAUUCCGGCAUGGCAAGCGCGCCUACUACACCCGCCGACCCUAAUCGCAAAUCUGCAUCUGAUAUUCCUCCGCGACCGGUCUCUCAGUCAGGUAUUAGCCUCGGCCGCCCCACGCCACCUGCGUCUCCUCAACUCCCUCCCGUCCCUCCUGUGCCCCCAAUUCCAGCUGUCAUUCAAGCGGAAAUGGCCUUGAACAACCAGACCUCGCAUGUCGAGCGACCAGUCUCUGCUGCUUCGCAUGGUAACUCGGAUAGUAUGGCCACAAUUAAGGUGCAGCAAGAGGUGGAGAAGCCCACUUUCUCAGAUAGGGUAACGCCAAGACCUGAUUACAACCCAAAACCUCGACCAAAAACAGCCGAUGCCUCUUUGGUGAUGGAUUUUAUGCAGAUGGACGACGACUCAGGAUCCUCCAUCAAACGUUCUCACUCGGCUGCUGGGCACUCCCGCUCCCGAAAGAGCAAAUCAACACCGCAUCUCGAUUCGACUCUCUCGACCGAUGAUAUUCAGUCGACAGACAACUACCGACCUUCAUUUUCGGACGAUGGUUCCGAUACAUCUGGCGAUGAAGCGACAGAGCACUUGUCGGACAACAAAUCCCCUAUUAAGUCGAAAAAGAAGAAGCAGAAGCGUGUUCGCUCUUGGGCCGGCCACAUUCUAACCCGAACCAAGAGCAAGGGCAAGGGUAAACGCCAUGCAAAGACUGACACAAAAGAGGAGCCGCCUGUACCUCGCACUCUCGCACCUCGCCCCCCUGCUCUUACUCGGACCAACUCAGGAACCGGAUCGGUUUUAGACGUUGAUUUCGAUAAUGACGAUGUCGUUGUCAUCCGAACUCCGACCAAUCCGACAAUGCCUCCUUCUGCCCUUGAUCCAAUUCAAAACGAUCGUCAAUCCGAUGAUGGUUGUUCUUUGCCUACACAAACUCUAGAAACCUCGUGGAAACCGAGAAGUUUCUAUGAACAGGGGGUUGGCCCACAUGACAAUGUGUUAAGUAGCCCCAUCAUCGACCUCGAUGCUGCACUCGGUCCUUUCAACACUCCCGACAUGCGACCAGUGACCCAGGGUGCGCCCAACAACAAUUUUUCGGUUGCAACCCAGCGGAUGUACAGCGGCGGAAGACGCGGUGAAUUUGUUGGCCCAGAGAUGCGAUACCAUCGGCGCACGGAAAGUGCUCCGGCGAUGCAACCAUUCGACCGCACUGCUCUCGGCGCAUUCCGUUUGGGACCGGCCUCAGCAGUCGAAACGCCCGAUGUGUUUGACGAGGAGGAAGAGGAUGCCUUCCUGGCUGCCUCCCAGUUACCUAAGGGUGAACGCCUGACGGCGAACACGACAUCGAUCGACGAUGCAGUUUUCUCGUCAUCGGAGGACGAUGUGAAAUCCAUUCACAGCAAUGCUACCUCUGGCACUAGUGAUACUCUGACCCGUGCCCCUACCGGUAGCAUUUCUUCUCGGAAUGCUGGCUUAGGCAUUCGACAAGGCGAUAAACAUCUGAGCCACGAACAGCCGGAGGAACGAAGUGCCCAUGAGCAGGUGCAUAAUGCCAGCAAUCCUUUCGCCAGCAAGCCUCGAACCCCCGUGGAACUUUUGAAGACCGAAGAACCCGCGCAUAAGGUGAUCGCACCUCCCAGUCCCGACAUUUCUCCCCGCUUCUUAGCUAUCGACAAGCGGCCAGCAACGUCACCCACUGAAAUGCUACCUAAAAUCCCACCAUUCGCGUUACAACCAGGCAUUUCGCCGUGCGACUCGUCUUUUCCGUCUCCGGAUGCUCCGCGGUCAAUUGCGGCAUCCUCGAUGACUGACCGGAACCUCUCCAGUCACUCGUAUCAUCAUCUUCCUGCGGCAGAAUAUCCUUACGCAUCGGUUGAAGAUGUUCCGUCUUUGACCAGCAGUGCAUCGACCAUGACUAAUACUCUGAAUCGUUUCUCGGCUGCUUCUUUCCUCCCCCGUGGACGUCUUUCUACCGACCGCGCCGCGUCCUUCUCAGCUGCUGGUACCAGACGCACCAGCCAGGCUAACGCCUCCAAACGCUCUAGUCUAGCCAGCCUUUCCAAGCUGGUCGGUGGUGCCCAUUCUGAGCGGAGCAAGCUCAACCAGGAGGAGAAAACCCCUAGCAACGCAUCCGACAAAACGAAGAAGAAGGGCCACCGUCUCAGCCGAAUGAUGCACUUCUGGAAACCCAAGGACAAAGAAAAGUCAUCCAAAGAGGCGGCACCAGAACGGCCGCAGUCGUAG